AGCCUGCUGCUAUCGGAUCUGUGAUGAUAUGUGAUCUCCUGGAUACAAUCACACACACACACAAGUACCAGGCACUCCUGCUCAGCUGAGCAAAAUGUCUUUCUCCUAGGAGUGGUGCUCAUCCCCGCGCUCAGAGCCUUGACGAUGUUGCCAUGCUUCCCUUCCUGCCUCCUGCCUUUUGCUGCCUUUGCCUGCCUGCUUUUCCUACCCGGGGGUCAUCUCUGCCCUGCUGCCUGUAGCUGUAUGGACUACCACACCAUAGACUGCCGGGAUCAAGGACUCCCAAGUGUUCCUAAUCCCUUUCCAUUGGAUGUACGGAAACUUCUUAUAGCUGAUAACAACAUUCAGGCGAUACCAGCUGAUUUCUUUAUAUUUUAUGGAGAUCUAGUCUAUUUGGACUUCAGGAAUAACUCCCUCACCUCUUUAGAAGAGGGCACUUUUAGCAGCUCUACCAAACUGGUGUAUUUAGACUUAAGCUACAAUAAUUUAACGCAGCUUUAUGCUGGGACAUUCAAAUCAGCAGAGAAACUGAUAAAGCUGAGCCUGGGGAACAAUAACCUGGUGGACGUGGAUGAGGCUGCUUUUGAGAACCUGGAACAGCUCCAAGUGUUAGAACUGAAUGACAAUAACUUACAGAGCCUCAACGUGGCAGCCCUGGAAGCGCUGCCCUCCCUGCGGACUAUUCGCCUGGAGGGCAACCCCUGGGUGUGUGACUGUGACUUUGCCAAUCUUUUCAGCUGGAUCCAGGACAACGCCUCCAAGCUCCAGAAAGGUCUCCACGAAAUCCAGUGCUCCCUGCCCGUGGAGAACAGGAGGAUCUUCCUGAAUGAGUUAUCUGAGGUCAGCUUCAGUGAAUGCAAGUUCAGUUUGUCACUGACAGACCUUUUCAUCAUCAUCUUCUCCGGGGUCGCCGUCUCCAUCGCUGCCAUCCUGUCCAGCUUCUUCCUGGCCACCCUGGUGCACUGCUUCCAGAGGUGUGCUCCCAGCAAGGAUGAUGAUGAUGAUGAAGAUGACAGUGAGGACUGAACUUAGUCUAUAUCCUUAAAUUUGCUUGGUCUAUAAGUUGUUAGAUCAUCAGCCAAAGUCUAGGAAGAAAAGGAGCAGAGUAAAAGCUUUCCAUGAACUCACGGGGUGUGAGGAUCCCUCUAAUCAGUGAUGGUCACAGGCAGCAGUGGCAGAGUUGGGACUCUCAGCUUUGCUUGCACUGAUGCAAUCAGCCCUGGUUAAUUUUGAUCCUUAAUCAAACACUGCAUUUAAAUUUGAAGACUGGAAGAGAAAGGGAGGAAAAGCAAAAAAAAAAAAAAAACCAACAACAAAAAACCAACAACUUCCAGUGUUGAAGAUUGGAAAUGGAAAGGGGGGGAAAGGCAAAAAAAGUGUUCCAGGGUUUUAAAAGAUGAGUUCCCAGUUUCCAGAUUGUCCUGAUGAGAUGCAGAUUCUUAUAAGUACUUAAAUCUUGUUCUAAAUGCACUUUGAAAAGGACUGGAAGGGUGGAAGCGUUUCAGCUGGAAAAUAUGGAAGUAAUUUCAAACAGCCCCUUCCUAGAUCUAAUAGUGGGAGAUUCUAUUAAACUCACACAGCUUUCUAAGUGACAAAAUGCAAUUAAGAUGAUUCCUAGAAUUGCAGAAAGCAUGAGAGGAAGGUUGGCAUUUUCUCCCUACAAAGGUUCUCCACAGACAUCCAUCCCCCAUUUAAUGACAGCAGUUGCAGGCACCAUUCAGCCAAAAAAUUUUUUUUCUAUAAGUGAAUACGAUUCUGGGUCUGAGUCAUCCACUGCAGAUGCCUGGCACUUCUUUGGUCAUGGCACAAAUACUAAAUAUAACAUCCUUUUGCAUUUUUAGAUGCAAUGAAGUAAAGGAUUUCCCUCCCUGUAGUGCUCAGCACCAGUAACUGUUGCAGUAUCCAGUCCAUUUAGUUAUUUUAAAACACUAAGGGCUAUAUUCUGCUCCUGAUUAUACCAGAAUAACCCAACUGAAAUGAACACCAGGAUCCAAAUUGGCAACUGUAUAAACAAGAGUGAAAUCUGGCCCAAGAUAUUUCUGACUGUACUAUAGAUUUGUCAAAACUUGAGCUCUUCUAUAUGAUGGUAGAUAUUUUUGUUAAAAUUAAAAAAGACAUUUAUUACAAGAGAUUUUUGGAAUAGUGCUGGACAGCUUUUUAGGAUAAGUAUAUUUUUAAAAUAUUUGUAACGGAAAUAUUUUUUUAAAGCUCUGUGUAUUUAAAUUAUUCUCUAGAGUAGUUGUGAGGGCUUGAAGUAAUGACCAACAUAGUAAUAAGCAGCUAAGGACUGUAUGCUAUUAUAAAAUAAUUAGAGCUGAUAAAAAGUAGCAUUUGUUUAACUACUUUAAAUGCUAUUAUUUCUUAAAAGAAAACACUCUGAUUAAAAUCCUGCCUUGCUCAGUAGGAGGGAAUCCCCCUGUGUGGUCAGGGCUGACGAGGGACAACAGGACUCAGCACUCCUGGGUGUUGUCCCAUCCCACAGGGAUCAGCUGGAGGACCUUCAGCAAAUCACUCUCUGCCCGUGCCUCAGUGUCACCACCUGGAACCCCAAGAUCACCAUUUCUCUCUUUCAAGUGCUUGUGCCAGGGGGGCACUGCCUUGGGGCUGCUCAGAGCAGUUACCUGUGUGGGGCUCUGAUCCCAUGGCAGUCUGACUUCACUGGCACCUCUGGAGCUGCUCCUUUGGCUGACAGAGUUUGCCCCAGGGUUGGCACCAUGCUGAGGUCACACCAGGCUGAGAGUGUUUCUCUCUCUUAGCUCUCCAGCUUAUUCAAUGCACUUACUGCUUCCAGUGUUACGAUUAUUAUUCCUGAGAACACACAGACACAGAAUGAAGUAGGACAGUGAGAGGAUAUUCUGGAUCAAUACUGUCUUGUUCUAUUCUGAUUCCUUCAAGAAAAAAACGAAAUGACAUGAUUUUCACUGUGUAGUGCCAUGAUUAUAAAGAACACAAAUAUAUUUAUAAUUUCAA